GUAUGGGGGUGACAGUUUGGGGGACCCGGGGGGCACCCUCGGCCUUGGGCAACAGCGAUGGGGCAAGUUUGGGGUUGUGCAACCCCGCGGGCACCAACCUGACACGGGCAACGUGUCCCCUGUGCCCCCCCCGAGGGGGCCUGCGCCCCAAAUCCCCCCGUGCCCAGCCAAGGGGCUCCCAAGGGUAGGGACCCCGAGGGGGUCAGAUGCCACCGCCCAUCCACGGGGACACACUGGGGCCCCCCCCCGCCCCGCGUGUCCCCCCCAAACAACGGCCGCUCUGCGGGAUGGGGCCGGGCCUUUCCCAAGGGGGGAACCGAGCCCCGGGGCGGGUCCCCGACCUCCCGUGCGGGAUAAAAGGAGCCCGGGGGUGGCCGUGGGGACAGCGAUGCCGAGCUCGUGGGUGCUGGUGCUGGCGGUGCUGGGGGGGGCCUGCGCCCUCCCCGCCCCGGCGCCCCUCGCCUACACGCAGGUGCUGGCCCAGGCCGUGGAUUCCUACAACCAGCGCCCCGAGGUGCAGAACGCCUUCAGGCUGCUCAGCGCGGAGCCCGAGCCCGCCCCGGGCGUGGAGCUGAGCUCGCUGCAGGGACUCAACUUCAGCAUGAUGGAGACGGACUGUGCCGCCAGCGCCCGCGUCAACCCCGACGACUGCGACUUCAAGGAGAACGGGGUCAUCAAGGAAUGCUCGGGGUCGGUGCAGCUCCUGCAGAGCUCCCCCGAGAUCGACCUGCGCUGCUUCGACGCCUCCUCCGACCCGGUUCUGAUCCAGCGCGGCCGCUUCGGGCGCUUCCUGGGCAAGAUCCGGCACUUCCGGCCCAAGGUCAAGUUCAACGUGCACCUGAGGGGCUCCGUGGGCUUGGGCUGAGCAAUAAAAGGGCCAUCGGGAAUGGCCGUGUGGGCA